CAACUCUAAACAUUUCCAACAAACGUGCAGUUCAGUUUAGCUUAGCUCGCGAUGCGUGGUCAGGGAUCAGUGAAAUUAGUCUAAAAUACACUUCGAAAACCUGUUCAAAAUUGCCGAUCGUGAAUAUUGUUGGGAGUUUUUAAAACCACAUUUACGUGAAACGAGAAAUUCUGCUUCGUCCUAUCUAACUGUGCAACUUAAUCUUCAAAACCUUUUGGAUGUAAAAUGGCUCCGACUUCGUACGAUCUGCAGCGGACCCACAACAAGUCGGGUCGAAACUCCGGGGCGACGGGGAGCUCACGGAAGAAAAGUACGCGGGAGCGGGGCUGGGGGCUGGGCCUGAACUGCUCGGCGGAGUUUUGCCGGGGUGUGGUGGCCGAGUGCCUCGGUACUUUCUUCUUCAUGAUCGUGGCUUGUGUGGCGGAUCUGCAGUGGGAUUCUUCUGUCAGGGUGGAUGUUUUGAGGCUGAGUUUUACACUAGGAUUAGCUGUUGUGACCCUUGUUCACUGUUUUGAGCACAUCAGUGGAGCACAUCUAAACCCCGCCGUCACAGCAUCGCUCAUGAUCAUCCGACAAACAGGAAUCGUUAAAGGACUGUUCUUCAUCGCGGCUCAAUUCCUGGGCGCCUCCGUCGCAGUUUUGCUCCUCAAGGGUUUCCUCCCGACGUCAAUUCUUGGCAACAUGGGAUACACGGUCGUCUCGCCGCAGAUCACGGCUCAUCAGGCCAUGGGGCUGGAGUUCCUGAUGUCAUUUCUGUUUGUCUUCACGUUCGUUUCGUCCAUGGAAGCAACGCGGUUUGCUGCGAAGCUUGUCGCUCUGCCUAUCGGCCUGGCGUACCUCUUGAAUACGUUAUGGGGGUACGAGUUCACUGGUGCUAGCAUGAACCCGGCACGCACGAUCAGUGCAGCGGUUGUCCAAAGCAAUACCAACGACUGGCCCGUUAUUUUAGAGGUUUAUCUCGCUGGGCCCGUCGCCGGCGGACUGGUUGCAGCUCUGAUCUACAAGUUCAUCUUUGACCCGACCUUUGUCCCAGGCAGCAUGAGGUCGUUGAGGUCAACUUCCAACUUUGAUUCCGAGGAAGACAGUAUGAUCGCAAUGCAGCCCGUGUCACCACACAGGAAAGAGGACAGAGGAACCAGAGGCAUGGUUUGAAAUAAAGGACAUAUUUUAAAAGUGCAUAUUAUGAAAACUUCCCUAUGGGACAAUGGAACGGUCCGGUUUGGUCAUAAGCCCCGCCCAUUUUGAACAUUGGGAACAAUUUGCAUUCUCUCCUCAGAAGUCAGACAUGGAGUACCGAAGUGAAUACGUCACGCGAACAAAAUGUGUGU